GGGGGCUUCGGCAGUAAUUAAUAUAUUAUAUUUCAAAUAUACAUCCGGAGUACUGGACUUAUCGUUGUCGAGGUAAACAAUGCGUCUAUUCUGGUGACUGAAUCAUCAUUUCGAUAUCCGUAGCUGAUUACUGCGAACAUAUCGAGAACGCUUUGCACGAGCUGGGCCAAAGUCAAAUGAGAUCGGGUGACAUCGAGCGUGCUCUUCAGAGUUUCUCUAGGUUGCUGGCCAUGGCCAAGAGGAUCCCGGAUUCACAAGGAGUGUGUAACGCGCACAUGGCGCUGGCAUUAGCGUAUAAGAAAUUAAACAACGAGAUGAACACGGAGAAGCAUCUUCGGCUAUCUAGGGAAAGGGCUGUCGAGUUCGGGCUCACGAGGGAACUCGCGCAGGCAUACUACUACACCGGCGAACACUUCUUGAGUAAGAGGAGACCAGACAUCGCAACUCCUCAUUUGGAAAAGUCCUUCGAUCUGUAUAAUGAACUCGGCUUGCACGACGAAGCAGACAAAGCGCGAACUAUCGCUGGAGUCUCAAAAGGACAAGAAAAUAUUGAUAAGUACAUUGAUCUCAUAUGCCGGUGCGGAAAGGUCGACUCGGAGGCAAUAUUGGUACUUUGCCAGUGGAAAAAUCGUAGGGACGUUUUUUUCACGGAGAAAAAAUCCUACACCGAAGAUUCGGAAGAACUCAGUGACAAACACACCGACGAAACGACGUCUUCGUCGUUAUCUAUCGCCACAAUUACCGUCGCGAAAAGCAACAUCGGUGAUUAGAUUUGAAACGAUCCAACGAAAAUCUACGCUCGACACACUUGUCAGUGACAAGUAUGCUCUCUCUCUCUCUCUCGUAUAUAUUAUCCAGCCCGUCACCCGUUGAAACGAAGUUAACAAUAGCGUGUCAUCGUCCGCUUAUUGUUUACAUCAGGCAUGGCAUUGUAAUAUCGAUGUGAUAUACUCUGAUAUAUUGUAAGAGAGUUCGGCGACUCUACAAAAUUUCACACUAUAGUUAUUACAAUUGUAUAUUACAUCUUAGUAUAAUUUGCACACAUGUAAUUCUAUUUGUUUAAAGUCCAUUUGCUAGAGUAACACAUAUACAAAUUAUGUUGCAUAUAUUAUGCGAAAUUAUCGUAACAACAGAAUUGCACAUUUACAUGUCUUGUACUCUUCACACAAAUCCUUACGUAGGAUUACUUGACCAUUUUCAGUACUCUCGACUGCGAAGUAGCAACGUACACACACACACACACACACACAGAGAGAGAGAGAGAGAGAGAAAGGGAGAGAGCGAGAGAGAGAGAGAGAGAGAGAGAAAGAGAGAGAGAGAGAGAGAGAGACAAUUCAUUGCUCGAUAUAGAAAUCGAAUAAUGAAACAUAAGCAAAGCGUGAAGAAUGUUAUAUAGAAUAUGUAUUUAUUAUUUAUACGUAAAGUAUAUUUACAUAACCAUUUAUUUAAAAAAUUAUGAUAUUUCUUAAGUCAACACUAAAUCCGCACAGGAUGUGCAGUCGCUGCGCUUGCAUAACAAUUAUCGGGUACGAUUAUAUUAUUAAUGCUAUUAAUAACAUAUAUAUUAUUAUAUAUUUAAAAAAUGCUAAUGAACAUAUAAUAAUAUAUAUUUUAUUAUUACUUAAUAUAUAUCAAAUUCGCUCUUUACGUUAAAAUACUGUCGUAUAGUUUUAAACGAUAGAGGAAUUUUUUUUACUCACGAUUCCAUCCCCGAUAAUUCUCGAAGUUAAAACCUAGUUGAUGAAAAUGUAUUAUUGCAUGUCGAGUGAAAAGCGUUGUAUGGAUUUUUUUUUUUGGCAAAUGAUGUGCAACUUUUUCACACUAUGCGACAUAUAUCUGCAUAAAUAUUCCAUUAUAUAUGUAUAUCAUACCAGUAAAACUUGCUUCUACGUGUGACAACUGACAUCUCGUCGCAUAGAGCGAGCCUUACGAAUGCUGCAAGUGAAUACACACUACCGAUGACAUACCUGUUGAAAAUCUAUCUUUCUAACAAAUAUCCGAAUUAUUCUCAGUAAAUUCAACGUACCAUGAUAACAAAGCUCCGUAACUAUUUUUUCUCAUACCGUUACGAUCCCCUUCAUUGCCUAUACGACAAAGAUAUGAUCAAUGGGGGAGAAAGAAAAAGAGAGAGAGAGAGAAAGAAAGAAAGAAAGAAAAUAAAAGAGAAAGAGAGGGGG